ACUAAAAUGAACCACAUUUCUUAUUAUUUGUUGUUUGUUUUUUCACUUUAUUUUCUGGGUUUCUGUGUGGCAAGAAAGGAUGACCAGAUCACCAGCCUCAACAAAUUGAUGGAGUCGAGAAGAUCAGAGAAUCCGCCACGUGUCCAGCCAUGGACAGAAGAAGACACAUCAGACUUAUCUCCACUUUCUAUUGUCCCUCAACAAGGGUCAAAGGAAGAAGAUAUGAUUGACAAGUUGCCAGGUCAACCACAAGUCGAUUUUGAUCAUUAUUCAGGCUAUGUAACAAUCGAUUCAAAGGUGGGAAAGGCGUUGUUUUAUUACUUUGCUGAAUCACCUCACAACUCUUCAACCAAACCCCUUGUUCUAUGGCUCAACGGAGGGCCAGGAUGCUCCUCAUUUGGAUACGGAGCCAUGGAAGAACUUGGACCCUUCCGAGUCAACAGUGAUGGGAAAACACUUUAUCGCAACGACUAUGCAUGGAAUAAUGUGGCUAAUGUACUAUUCUUGGAGUCGCCUGCUGGAGUGGGGUUCUCAUAUUCAAACACAUCGUACGCGACAGGAGACAAGCAAACAGCUAAAGACUCAUACACUUUUCUCAUCAACUGGCUUCAAAGAUUCCCUGAAUACAAAACCCGAGAUUUCUAUAUUACAGGCGAAAGCUACGCAGGUCACUAUGUACCUCAACUCGCAUCCCUCAUUCUCUCAGAAAACAAGAAAACCAACGGAACAGUCAUUAAUCUUCGUGGGAUUGCGAUUGGGAAUGCUGUGAUAGAUGACAAUGCAACUGAUGAAGGAAUGUAUGAUUACUACUGGACACAUGCUCUAAACUCUGAUGAGACAAAUGCAGGGAUCAACGAGUAUUGUGGCUAUGGUUCUGGGAAUUUCUCAGCAACGUGUUUUCAUUAUCAAAGCCAAUCAGGUAGUGAAUAUGGUGAGAUUGAUAUUUACAACAUCUAUGCCCCAUUCUGUGAUGGAAGUAUCCAGAAACCUGCCACCGGAUCUGUAAGUCUCUCAUUCCUUUCAAAUACAGGAAAUUACAAUGUACUUUUGUUUGAAGACAUGAUGUGUUGA